ACGAGGCACGCUAAACAAAUUCGUUCACUCGCGCUGCAAACGGGCUUCGGAGUGGAACUAAUUAUUGUCCUUUUCCUAGUGUUAACUUGGUUUAAAUCUGAGCAAAAUGGGAGAAGCUUAUCACCGACCAGACCAGAAAACGCUCCAAGCUUUGAAAGAUAUGGCUAGCAAGCUUCGAAUUCAUAGCAUCGAGUCCACGAAUACGGCUGGCUCUGGGCAUCCAACUUCAUGCUGCUCUAUCGCAGAAAUAAUGUCGGUUCUGUUUUUCCACACAAUGCGCUACAAAGUGUCCAAUCCAAGGGAUGCUUCAAGUGACAGAUUCAUCUUGUCAAAGGUGGGUAGAUGAUUCUGUUGAACUUUA